UCCCAGCUCUAAAGCCAACGCACAUUGCACGUACUCUCUUCAUAACAUACUCCGCCAGGCUUCAGCAUAGAUCCAUGUCUCAAGUGAACAAAAGCGAGAGUGAGUGGAGGGCUGUCCUCUCUCCUGAGCAGUUCCGUAUCCUCCGCCAGAAGGACACUGAGCCCGCUGGCACCGGCAAGUAUAACAAGCAUAAGGAGGAGGGUGUUUACACGUGCGCCGGAUGCAGCACUCCGCUGUACAAGAGCACGACCAAGUUUGACAGUGGUUGUGGAUGGCCUGCAUUCUUCGACGCGAUUCCCGGGGCCGUCAACCGUCACGACGAUCACUCGUAUGGCAUGACGCGUACGGAGAUUACUUGCACUGCAUGCGGCGGACACCUAGGUCACGUCUUUAAGGGUGAAGGCUUCCCGACUCCAAUCGAUGAACGUCAUUGCGUCAACUCCAUCUCGCUGAAUUUUACCGAAGACAAGAAGCAAUAAACGGCCUCCUCAGAUAGCUUGCCCCACGGCCUAAGCGUGUACUGUAUCGUGUAG